CGUAGAGGCUAACAACGCUAAAGCCGCUGUUGGCUCGUUAAUCUCCCUCGGAAGGAAAGAAAUUAAUAAAAAAACAAACUACAAGUGUUUAUCUUUUGAUUGUUUACGCGCUCGUGUUUCGAAUUCCCGGUUUUCGGCAAGUUCCUGCAGUUUGUUUUACCCAAGGGGGAAGGACUUCCUGUCGCUUGCCGUUGUUAAUUCGAUAUCAUAAUUUGAAAAAUAAUAAAAGUAACAUAUCUGGCAUAAAGUGAAUUCAAAUAAUAGUGCUGAUAUCGCGCCCUGGGGAAAACUCGGGUAAAACUUGAGUGAAAUGUCAUGUACUUACGCGGAUGGCUUGUCGCCCUACGAGGACAAAGGCGUAUUAGGCUUAGAGGAGGAUUCCUCAUUUUUGCAGAAAUACGACACACAGGAAACACUUCGACUUAAGUGUGAUCUUCUUGCAGAUUGGAUUAAAGCUGCUCGGCAUGUUGUCGUUCACACAGGAGCUGGCAUUAGCACAGCUGCUGGAAUCCCUGAUUUUAGGGGUCCAAAUGGGGUAUGGACUUUGGAGAAAAAAGGCGAAAAACCCUCAAUGAGUGUCGCAUUUGACGAUGCAAUUCCAACAAAAAGUCACAUGGCAAUAAAAAAAUUAAUCGACGCCAAUAAAGUCAAGUACAUAGUAAGCCAAAAUAUCGACGGCUUACAUCUGAAAUCUGGCGUUGGCAGACACAACAUCGCAGAAUUACACGGAAACAUGUUUGUUGAGCAAUGCGACAAAUGUGGAAGACAAUUCAUCCGCAACUGUUCAACAAAAAGCGUUGGUAAAAAGUGUCUGGAAACUGUCUGCAGGUCAGGACAAAUUGGGGGUCGUCCUUGUCGGGGUAAAAUGCACGACACGAUUCUCGAUUGGGAACAUAAUUUACCCAACGACGAUCUUGCCCUCUCCGACCUUCACUCCAGUGUUGCUGAUUUGAGCAUAUGUUUGGGAUCAACGCUGCAAAUUAUUCCAAGUGGAAAUUUACCACUUUAUACUAAAAAGUACGGUGGCCGUCUUGUCAUUUGCAAUCUUCAACCAACAAAACACGACAAAAAAGCUGAUUUGAUCAUCAACGGAAAAAUCGACGACAUCAUGACAAGUGUGAUGAAAACUCUUGGUCUGGAGAUCCCGGAAUACAAAACCGAGCUAGACCCGACGCGAAAUACCGACGUUGACGCUCAGGAAAUGGACUGGACGAUACCGACAAGUCAAAUCAAAGAAAUGAAGAUUCUCUACAAAAAGGUAUGCACGCCUGUGAAACGAAAGCGAAAGACUUUCAUGUACGAGAGAGAUGACCCGAAGCCGGUCAAGAAGGAGAGGAAAGCAUUUUUGCCGAAGCCAGUUUUUAAAUUCACGCCGAAAUCGAUAAACGAACUGAAAGAACUAAAUCAGGAACAAGAGACAAAAGAGGAAAGUGCUGUAAUGCAGGAUUCAAACGCUAAUCAAAGUCACGAUUUGAAGGAAGAAGCGAUUAAAGAAGAGCCUACUAGUAGUAAUUGCGAUAUUAUCAAUUCCCUUGAAAAUACGGACGCAAGUAAUGCAUUUCGAGCUGAUGAAAGUAGCGACAUAAACGAUUUUCUGGAGAGUAACAUUAUAUAGUAGGAUGAUAGGGACGAAGUGCAUUUUUCCCAACUACAUUUUAGUACCUAGCAACAUGGUCGUAUUUAUAAACGCAUAUUUGUAAUUGUGAAUGAUUGAGUCAUAAAUAUUUAUCUAUAAAUUUAAUAUGAAUAUCUGUGCGAGAAAGAGAGAUAUUUAAACGAAUAGAACUUUGGUCGAAGCGAUUCUCAAAAAUAUAAAUACAGAGUGUCUAGUUGGCCGAAAAACCAAAGCCCGGAGCGGGAAAAUUUCGAAAAGAAUUAUGAUUCUAAAUGGAAUAGGAAAUUUUCCAAAAUAAUUAAGAUUCUAUGUUAGGACAUGGAAAUUUCAAGAAAAAAUGUAUUAUGAUCAGAGAGGGGGAAUGAAAAAUUGACCGGGAAUUUAAAAUCAUUUGUCUGGUAGACACUCUGAAAUGUUAUGCAAUUUAAAAUUAGAUGAUUGCUAAUUCCAAUUUUUGGACAAACUACCUCUCGUUGCUAUCGGUCGAAUACACUAACGAAACUUUGUUCUAUACACGGAAAAAGGCCUGGAAAAAUAGUAUCUCGCGCUUGUUGUUCAGAUCAUCGCUCUGGAAAUUCGCUAAGAUUGAUGAAAUAUGUAGAAUAAUUGGACAAGUCUCUUGUCACUUUUUCAGAAACAAGAAACAAAUGUACCAAAAUUUGGAAAGCGUAUUUUAAUUGUGUGUAGUGUACCUAGUGUUAAAUGUUUCAGUAGGUAUACAUUGCAAUAAUUGAAAUUAACACUUUGGGCUUUUGCCGUAUAGUUCCUCGUUGUUUCCUCUGAAAAUUCCUAACCAGAUGUUUCAGCACCGAACAUUUGAAUCGGUGCAGAGGUCAUUUUCUAAUCUUGCAAAUGACUGGUGAAUGCAAAACUCGUUGCACUCUUCAGUGCAAAAGAGAAAGUUUUGUUUUUUCGUGAUUCGAAAGUGACCUUCGUGCAAUUAAUCGUAGAGUUGAAAGGGGUGGAUUAUUGUCGUAUUUUACAAGUGCAUUUGGUAAUUUCAUUGCUUUUUUCUUCCUUGAUAUUUUUGUUUCCUUCGUGUAUGUAAUACUAGUAAAUUUUUACAAUAAGCUAAAUGAAAACCAAAUUACAUGAUUAGAGAAUAAUUUAAAUAUAAUUAUAAUUGCAGUCGGUAAUCAAGCAAAAUCCAAGUAAGAAAGAUUAAAAUUUACCAAAUGCAUCUGGCGUAGUUCAAGCAAGAUCAAGUCAAAUAAAGAUAUUAAGGAUAUCUUACUACUUGCGUUGAAGCUAAUAGUUAAGCAAGUAUUUGUAAGUCGUUUCUGUUUGGUUUCCAUGGAGAAAACAGUUAUGCCAAUCUAUUAUUCAUUACAUUGCUCCUAUUUAGUAUCUGUCUACUACCCAUCUGCUUUUUUGUAAUUUAUCAUUUAUAUGUAAGUCGAUUCGCGCAAGUCCUAUCUUUAAUCCACAGCGCAUAUUUAAAAUUUUUAAACUAUCGUGCCAUAGUUCUUUUACAUGUUUGACUUUUUGUAAUAAGAAUUGAAAUAAAUUGGUUAAAUCAGUUUAA